GUUCUGAUUGGGCUACCGCUCAGUCCCAGCGGGCGCCUCGCCGCAACAUAACGGGCGAGGUGGGCAAUGAUUAAUAUCCCGCCUCCGGUCAGGGCACCGUGCGCGGAGCCAGCUGGCUCCAGACCCAGCGAGCUGCUCCAGCAGGACGGGCGGGCGCAGGCAGGCAGGCAGGGCGCAGAGCUGCCGCCGUCUCGCCCAUUCCAAAGCGGGACUCCCCAGCCAAUCUUCCAUCGGAUCGGACCAGACCAGGCAGGCUUGCGACGGCGCCCAGGAGGAGCAGCUGCGCCACCGGAUCCUUAGACGGCUACGGCGCGAAUCCGGAUCAGGUGAACCGAGGGCGCGCGCUUCCUCUCCCGCUCUCCCCACAGCCUCGGAUCUCGGGAGAGGCUCCCCGGAUCGUGCGGGGAGAGAAACGAGAAGCAUAGCCGGACAGACCCGAUCCUCGCCUGCGCGGCCCGACGGCGCAAAGUCCUUCCCAAGAGCAAGAGCGCAGCGCUGGUUCCUGUAAGAGCUCCCCGCGACGUCCGAGCGGCUGUCCUCGGUGGGAAGCGGCGCGCCAGGCUCCCGGUCUUCGGAGAGACGCCACGGCUAGCCGGAUCCGCGCAGGGCCGGCGCUGGGGAGAGAGGGCGCGCUCCCAGCCGCUGCGCCCCUCUGGAGAAGCGCGGCGCCGGCCGUUCCGUCGCGGGCAACGAUGGCCGAGCUCAAAGCGCUGGGCGGCGAGUCCUACCUGGCCCUGGCGCAGAGUUACACUCAGACGGCUUUCGCCUUCGGCGCCGUGCGAGGCGCGGGCGAAGCUGGGCGCGGCUACCCCGGGGGCGCGGGCGGGCUGGCCUUCCCGGCGGCGCAGCUGGGCAAGGCAGCGGAGAGCAGCGGAGAGCAGAGCGGCGACGAGGACGAGGCUUUCGAGGGCUCCAAGGCCGGCAGUCCGGCCUUCGAGCGCGGCGGCGAGGCCAAGCUGAAGGCGGGCGUCGGGGGCGCCCUCGGGGCCAAGAAGCCCAAGGAGCAGCGCUCGCUGCGGCUCAGCAUCAACGCCCGCGAGCGGCGGCGGAUGCACGACCUGAACGACGCGCUGGACGGCCUGCGCUCCGUCAUCCCUUACGCGCACAGCCCGUCGGUGCGCAAGCUCUCCAAGAUCGCCACGCUGCUCCUGGCCAAGAACUACAUCCUGAUGCAGGCGCAGGCCCUGGAGGAGAUGCGGCGCCUGGUGGCCUACCUCAACCAGGGCCAGACGCUCGGCGCCUCCAUCCCGCCUGCCUUGGCCCCCUUCGGACAAUCGGCCGCCGUCUACCCCUUCACGGGCGCCGCCUUGCCGAACUGCCCCGAGAAAUGUACUGCCUUCGCCGGGGCAGCCUCGGGCCUUUGCAAACACUGCAGCGAAAAGCCCUGAUGGGGACCUUGGACGCUUCUGCAAAAAAAUUCCAGAAUUUGGGAUGGGGAGGGGCUUCCCUAACCCAUCCUACACAUCCUAGAAAUUCUCCUUCAUUUUAUGCCCACCUUCUCGGCCUAAUUGGACUUCUCCCCUUUGCUUUCCGCUCUUUCCUUCGCUUUCCCUUCUUGCAGGUGUAAUCCGGGUGCUUUUUUCUCCGUCCACCACUUUGUUCUAUUUUCUGCAACGCCUAUUUUCGAGAUUUUCGUUAAGACUUCCCCCCCACAAACACAAACACCGGGAUCCGGUGUUUUGUUUUGUUUUUUCCCUUCUCAAUUCUGUCCUGAAUUACUUUUCGUGCAUAACGUUUUUUAAAAAAAGAACUUGUCUUCAGUAUGAGGUUGUAAACCGGCUGGUGAAAUCUUUUUUCUCUAGAAAGAAUAACUUGAGUAAGAAAAAAAACUGGGAAAAGAAAUUGCUGCAGAUUCCUUUUGAAAAUAAAUUGCCUGGAGGACAAACCUAUGCAAUUGUUUAGUGAAUGCAAAGUUACUUUUGGGGAAAAAAAUAUUUAAGCAGUCUCCCCCAAUUUGCAGUUUUAUGUGUUCAAAAUGCUCCGUUUUUACAUUUUCAUUUGGGGUACUGAUUGUGAAUACAAGCUUGCUUCAUAAUGGGUUGAUUAGUUUAUUAGAUAUAUUCAUAUCUUAAACUUUGAACCCAUUCUUUGUCUUAACUACAACCUUUUAAGUGUGAGCUGCUGUUUUCUCUGCUCUUUUCAAUGUUUUUUUUUUCUUUGCUUUUCCAUUAUGGUUGAACCAUUUUCUAUCUUGGUAACCUGGGACAUUAAAAUUCUCUGAGCUGAUUUAUUUGUAUUUAUAUUAAAUAAAAAAGCACAUCAAUUAA